AUGGUUGGAGAAAGCCCGUUAACAGCAACAGUGCUGGAUAUUCUGGGCUCCUUAGCCUCCAUUCUCACGCCAUUUAUCACCAAAUCACUCAGUACGUUGUGCGACAGGGCUCACUUAGCCCCCCUUCUCACUCUACCUGCCACCAAAUCGUUCCGCAGGUUGUGUGACAUGGCUCAAAAGCACAUUUUACAGGCGAAUGGGAACCAGAAAGUCUAUGAAGACGCGCGCAAUAAAGCGAUAGAAUGCAACGCGGGCGACAAGGCCUGGAUUAGCAGCAAAACUUUUUUCCUCCACCAUGCACAUGUUCCAAUUUCGAGCCACGGUAGCGCGACUUCCCUUAAUAUCACGAAGCACAUCGGGCACCUGAAGGCAGAGCUACUCUCUGUAUCGGGAACCCGUUAA